GGGGGUGUCGGAGCGGGUCCCAUGAAUUGGGGAUGGCGCUGUGUACAGUGCGAGCGAGUUAGCAGCCAAAGUUGCAGAGCACAGGCAGGAAAGUUCGCUGGAGUGGCGACCCGUGAUCCCAAGUUCUUCUGUCAUUUUACCUACGGAUGUCCACUGCAAACAUACGGACUACAGACUGCAAAUAACUAAGAUUUCUGUGCUUUGGAUAUUUUUUCCCAGUGAAUUUCCUAAUUUCCCCUUCUCCUUGGAAAACUAACGGUUUGCUGCUGCCUCCGCUGCACGCUGGCGUUUCAAUGGACUACCGUCUAUCUUAUCAUUCAGUGAGUAACUUGGACAAAAAUUGAUUGCAUGGUUUCCUGACUUGGAGACAAGUGUUUAUCACGAGUAUGACUUAGCAGUGGAUGUUAUGCCAUGUAGCCUAGUCUUGGGUGUUUAAAAACAAUGAACUCCCCCCGUGACCAGGAACUGGCACCCUUAUCUCGGAAACACCGACUCAUGGCUGCAGCUAUGCCCGGUGAAGAGAGCCCUUUGCCCGGCAACACUUCCAGGAGCGAUCGGAACGGAUUAGGGGGACUUGUUCACUGUUUUAUAUGUGGCAGCGGAGUUACACCGGGGAAGGAAUUACGGUUGCAAGUGACAUAUCAGAAGGAGAGGUUUCCCUUUUUCCCGUUUCUGCAAAAUCAGGAGCCAGCUCCUGGUGCGUGUGAAGUGAGCCCGGAUGGACAUGCGCUGGUGUGCGCCGUGUGCCACUGCUUUCUGACGGAACAGUGGAACUCGUUCGAGCGGAGCAGGACGCCCAUUGAGAAGCGCAUGUACUGGCUCAAACGUCCGUACCAGUGCGACUCUCGCCGGGUGCCACAGGAGUGGAACAUCUCCUACGACCUGGAGAGGAGGAUCAGUGUCAGCAGCCAGAACUACGACGGGGGCGCAGAGUCUGAUUUCUCCUCUUUUUCUGAGAACGAGAACAUAUCAGACCAGGAGAUGGAUUUAGUCGACAGAGUCGGCGUGGGCAAAGACAAGUGUGUGAGAGCAUCUGGGAAGCCGUCAAGAGACGGUAGCAGGAAAAACAAUGUCAUCAGUAUUAAAAACAGUCCAGAUUCACAGCGGGCACUGCGCUACCCGGCGGGUGUUUAUGGGGCGCAGGGAUCGCCAAAAGCGGAGAAUGUUCUGCCGGGGAGGCGCGGUGCUAAAAUUAUGAGUAAUGUCUGUCAAUCACCAGAAUCUCUGGCAAAGUCCCAGGAGAGAUUCCCCCAGCGAUGCUAUGACAGUCCUCUCUCUGACACACCUGUGCAAGACAACGGGGUCAUUAUGCGCAACAGGCGAUGGCUGGAGGAGGAGAAUGUCAGACAUGUGGAGCCGCGUCAGAUCCAGCGUGCUGCCGACAGCAGCUGCGCUCCGUCCAGACAUCCGUCGCUGCUGUACCGAGGAAGAGGCGAGGAGAGCUCCAACGCUGCGCUGUCUUCUGUUGGCACCGUUGCCAUCACUCCACAAUACAGCAUGAUUGUUCCCAGGGAGAAUAAUAACUCUGACAACUCUGAUGAAGAUGAGAUUAACAUCACAAGUGAUGAUGACAGGGACAUGUAUGACAGCAAAACAGGCCCAGCAACUCAGCUUAAAGCUUCCACAGAUGUUUCACCCAGAAAGAGUGGGCAGCAUCACCACCACACUAGAGACUCCAGUCCAGAGGAGUGUGUGUGUUACAUCUGUGGCACUGGGCUCAGACACGGCGGUCGUUUUAAAGUCAGUGUUCAGAAACAGGAGAGAGCUCAGGGAGAGCCCUUCUUUCCCUUCUUGUGGCUUCACUCUGCUCCCCGGGGUGCAGUACCUAUCAGUCCAGCAGGUACGACCCUGGUCUGUGGCAGCUGCCACGCCUCCCUCAUGCAGCAGUGGCAGAGCUUCCAGCUGGCUGAUGUUCCUGUCCUCCAGCGGCUGUAUGUAGUCCCCCUCAACCAGUCCACCGGUGCUCUCCAUCCUUCCCAGCCUACUUCACACGACGGAAAACCUCCUGUGUCCAUGGAGUGCACACCAGACCCGAAGGCUUCCCAGGAGGCCUGUUUCCUCUGUGGUCAGGAAUGCGGAGGAGAUAUGAGAGUAGCGUAUGCACAAGCUGGUGUUGGCAAAUCCCGUGGUGUGAUGUAUUUUCCUUUUAUCAACAUGCUGCCUUGCCCACCUAACGCUCAGGGAGUGAGGAACGGCCGUGUACGCUGCUGCCCACAGUGCCACUUUAUCCUCGAGGAGAUCUGGGGAGCAUAUCGGCUGAGCCUCAGCGAGGACCUCAUCACCUCUGUCGGCUCCUUCCUGGUCAGGUACCACGCUGCCAUGUCCAUCGAUGGGUCCGGACCAGCCCGCUCUCAGAUGGGGGUGGCGUCACGACCCGGCACCUCCAUGUCGGUGUGUUACCUGUGUGGGGCUGAGCUGUGUGCAGGAGGGGAGUACCAGCUGCAUGUCAACCCGCCUGGUCGCUGUGGGGAGAGGGAGCCUUUUUUCCCAUUUCUCACUGUCCACACUCCCGCUCCCCACGCCAAACCGGUGGACGCCACAGGUCUGGUGUCGGCCUGUAACCUUUGCUACCAUGACCUGCAUGCUCAAUGGGCCCAACAUGAGAGUAAGGGCCUGGGUCCCUCCACCCCGUCUACCUCUAGCUUAUCCAGUGCCAACCCCCAGCCACCCAGCUCUCCCUGGGCCCGUCAGUACAGCUGUGAGGCUUUUGUGUGUUUCUUCUGCAGGCAGGAGCAGCGCAGGCAAGGCAGGCUGUGCGCAGUUACUGUGGCCAGGCUGCCUGUGUUUUUGUAUGCCCCUCGCAGCACACGCACGCUCCUGGUGGACGACGGCAGGAGGCUGGUGAUUGGCUCUUGUGUGGAAUGUAAGGCAAUGGUACAGGUGGGACAGAGCAUGCAGCAGGACAGGGCAAGCCAGGGACCCGGAGCAUCAGAUGGGGAGAGGAAAGACCAGGAUUCAGCCACGCCACAGUCUAGACAUAAGGCUGUGAUCGAGGGUGCAGCUGGAGCCAUAAAGGAGGCCGACUCAGGUUCAGGGCCCUCACAACCUGCAGGCGAACACACUCCUUCUCGCCCAGUGACAUUGGAGCCAGAGAGAGCUGACCGCCCACUUUCCAUGCACUCUUCACCUCUGAUCCUGGCCUCUCAUUUUACAGGCAUGAGCCAUGAGCCAAAGUCACCAUCGUUAGGAAUGAUCUCCACGGCGACCCGUACCACGGCGACAGUCAGCCCACUCACCCCGUCGCCUCUCAACGGCUCCAUCGUAGCCAAUGGAAGCCCUGCUGCCCAGUCAGCUCACUCUGGAUUUGCUGCUGCGCUCCGUAAGCUGGCAAAACAGGCCGAAGAACCUCGAGCUGCGUCCUCCAUCAGCAGCGAGUCAUCCCCUGUGUCCUCACCGGCCACCAACCACAGCUCUCCAGUCAGUACACCCAAGAGGGGUCCCCUCGGUCCAGGACCCGUCCUGGUUCCCCCAGCGGGCCACAGCGUGCCAAACACUCCACCUGUAGUCACCAUUGCUCCAACAAAGACUAGCAACGGCCUGUGGAGGAACGAAGGACGCCAGGCUGACUCGGGGCCUCGUGGGGCCAGCAGGGAACGUCUGGGUGCAGAGGGGACCCUCUCCCAGGAAAAGGGUGGCCCCUCCGUCCCCGCUCACCUCCUGGGAAACCCCUAUGCCUUUGGCCUCACCCCCGGUGCUGUCAUGCAGGAUUCACGUUUUCAGCCCCUUAACCUGCCCAGACAGUUGCCUAAUGCGGUGCCCCCUGGUCCUGUACCAGAGGAGUACCUGCGGGGUUUCCGGCCCUAUGCCACAACUGAAGAUGCCCUACGGAUGCCCUCUUUGCCCUUGGGCCUGGACCCAGCUACUGCAGCCGCUGCAGCUGCCUACUACCAUCCCAGCUACCUGCCUCACCCCUCCUUCACGCCAUACAGGAUGGAUGACCCGUUCUGCCUCUCUGCUUUGAGGUCGCCUUUCUAUCCGCUGCCAGCAGGGGGAGCUUUACCCCCCAUCCAUCCCUCUGCUGUUCACAUGCACCUUCCAGGGGUCCGUUACCCUGGAGACUUUACACAUCCUUCACUGUCAGCACUGCAGUCUGAGAGGCUUCAGCUGGAGGAUGAGCUGCGGCAGCGAGAGCGAGAGCGCGAACGAGAACGCGAGCGUGAAAAGGAGAGGGAGCGCGAGGCGGAGAGAGAGAAGGAGCGGGAGAGGGAACGAGAGAGGGAAAGGGAACGGGAGAAGGAGCUGGAGAGGGAAAGAGAGCGAGAGAGAGAACGGGAGAGGGAGAGAGAACGGGAGAAGGAGAGAGAGCGAGAGAAGGAACUGGAGAGACAGAAGGAGAGGGCACUGAGGGAGAAGGAGCUGCAGGCGUCCAAGGCCAUGGAGAACCACUACCUGGCUGAGCUCCAUGCCAUGAGAGGGCAGGAGGAACGAACCAAGCCUGAAAGACUAACCCCUAAUCGGGCUGACAAAACCAAAGAGCCCGCUCUUCCAGCUCCCAAACCCGUCCCACCAGGAAUGCACUCUUCAGUGGUCCAAUCGCAUCAUCCUGUCCCUGGUCUAAUACCAGGUCACGGCCUCUACAUGGGGCCCAGUACUGUAGGAACAGGGCUCACAGCCUCAAUGAUCACUCAGAGGACCAAUGAGGAGGAGAGGUGGUUGGCGCGGCAACGCAAGUUGCGGCAGGAGAAAGAGGAUCGUCAGUACCAGGUGUCUGAAUUCCGCCAGCAGGUUCUGGAGCAGCACCUGGACUUGGGCCGACCAGCCGACACGCCUGAUCACAGGACAGACUCACACAGAUCCAUACCAAAUCACCUUGAACCAGGAAGCCGGGAACUCCACCCUCAUUUAGGUGCCCCUCCACCCCUCAUCUCCCCCAAGCCUCCGCAGCCGCCACGUGACCACCACCCUCCGCCUCCCACCACCCUGUGGAACCCUGCAUCUCUUAUAGAAACAGCCUCAGAGUCUAGACGCAACCACGAGCCCUCAGGGAUGGGACACUAUGAGCUCAGUCGGCUGCCCCCAGGGCCUUCCAAAUAUGAGGAUAUACCCCGAAGGAGAGAUGGGGGAGCUAUGGAAAAAUAUCCCCCUCUGAGAGGUCCUCCAGGUCUGCCUGAGCCCAGCACAUUCCUUGCUGAUCUUGAGAAAUCCACGCAGACCUUCUUAAGCCAGCAGAGGGCAUCACUGUCUCUGUCCAGCCAGUAUGAACUGGAGGGAACCAUAAAAAGCAAUGCUGGACUAAAGAGCCUCCAGGGACACCCGGGGCACAGUAGACAUGGACAAGGGUUAGGAAUGGUUCCUGUGCCAGGGAUGGGACAGGUAACCACGCUGGGGAUGGGUCCGGACACAGUGCUGAUAUAUGAUGAGUUCCUUCAGCAGCACCGGAGGCCUGUCAGCAAGCUGGACCUGGAAGAGAAGAGGAGAAGGGAGGCCAGGGAGAAAGGUUACUACUAUGAGCUGGAUGACUCAUAUGAUGAGAGUGAUGAGGAGGAGGUGAGAGCCCAUCUCAGAAGAGUAGCGGAGCAGCCCCCACUCAAACUGGAUGACUCCACAGAGAAAUUGGACUUUCUGGGAGCGUUUGGAUUGACCACAAUGGGCCGGCGGGAUGAGCUGGUGCAACAGAAGAGAAGGAAGAGGAGGAGGAUGCUCAGGGAGCGCAGCCCCUCGCCACCCGCCUCGCAAUCCAAACGCACUCCCCCUCCUCCUCAGCUCAGCACACGUUUCACCCCUGAGGAGAUGGACCGAGCACCAGAACUGGAGGACAAGAAGCGGUUCCUCACCAUGUUUAGACUGUCCCAUGUCACAAUACAGCAGAGAAGAGAUAAUGAAAGGGUGGUGGAGCUGCUUCAGGCCAUUAAAGAAAAGAGUGUAACCUUGGAUACCAUCAGGCAUGCACCUCAUCCUCUGUGUAAGAGCCCUCAAGCACAGAGCUCUGAUCCAGCAUUUGGCCAGCCUUCCUCUGAAUCAGAAGACCACCACAAUGUCAGACCACAUAGCCCCUCCUCACAUUGCCCAGCAUCCCCCAAUGGACACCCAAAACCCCUUGGAGACACAUUAAGACCAAAGGCACCCCCUUCUCCAGCUGUCUACCCAGACAAGGCCCGGGGGCCCAGUGAGGGACCGAUCUCCAAGAGGAGCUCCAGCCUACUGAACAGCUUGCGGCCCCCGCUCCCCCUGCAGGCUAAAGAGGGUCUUCACAGCGUCAACGGACGCACAAAACCCUGGGACAGCUUCACCCCAGAGGAAUUUGCCCAACAGUUCCACGAAUCUGUGCUUCAGUCUACUCAGAAGGCUCUACAGAAACACAAAGGUGGAGCCACAGGGGCUUCGGAGUCGUCCCACCUCCAGGAGUCCUCUGUUCACUACAACAUUCCAGAGCUUCAGAGUGCUCCCGGCCGACCACCGCAGCCUCAUUCACAGUCUCACUCAAAUGCUCCGUCAUUUCCCCAUCCAAUUUCACACUCCCACCCUCAGCCCAAUGGGCAGCACUUCUCCGUGCCCUUACACAGGGAGGCCUCAGGGAUGAGGGAGGACCUGUCUGGUCCAGACGACUCUGAGGAGGAAGAUGAGGAUGAGGAGGAAGAGGUUCCAGUUUCCAAGUGGCAGGGGAUUGAAUCUAUAUUUGAAGCUUAUCAGGAAUAUGUUGAAGAGCAAAGCUUGGAACGACAAGUGUUGCAGAGCCAGUGUCGAAGACUAGAAGCUCAGAACUACAACCUCAGUCUGACUGCUGAGCAGCUGUCUCAUAGCAUGGGGGAGCUGAUGUCCCAGAGACAGAAGCUGGCCGUGGAAAGGGAGAAGCUACAAGCCGAGCUGGAGCACUUCAGGAAGUGUUUGACGCUGCCACAGACGCACUGGCCGAGAGGCGGCCACUACAAAGGCUACCCUCCAAGGUGACCCCAACACACCGAUCUGAUGGCCCCCGGGCCCCAGCCACCUCCCCUUUCAGACUAACACCCAGAGUUUAUUUUUCGUGGCCUGGUCCUCAUGGCUCCAUGGCGGAGAAUAUGGCUGGCUAGAUGAGAUAAGUGAAUGAAUGAAUGGAGUGAGUGAAUGGAUAGAUAGGUGAAUGCACAGGAGACAGGACCAUUCAGUGAAGGACAGGCAGUCUUUGGAUUGUGGCUAGCCAGGGACUGCACCACAAGCCACUACCGUGUGCCAAUGUAGCCAACCCCGAGAUCAGCGAGAGUACGGGGCAGGAGAACCUGAAGAUCAACACACAAACACACACAGACACCUGCUUUUCACAUUCUUCAGUCCCUGCUGCUCUAUUGUUCAGUCCCUGCAUCCCUCAUCGCCACAGCUACACAGACAAUCCUGCCAAUGAGGGGGCAGCUACCCCUGGAGGGGUGUCGUCACAAGACUUGAAAGCUCCAAAUCUCCAAACAAAGGCUUCUGGUCAGUUGGGACUGAUUUUAUAACAGUGGCCAUGUGAGCUUUUGAACUGGAAAUGCACUUAUGAAUAAAAGCUGAAGAACUACCUGGUGGUACUGUGUUACAACAAAGAACUGUUCAAAUUAGGGAAGAACUUAGAAAAUGCACAUUUUUGGAAAGAAUUAAGGAAAUGUUUUAUUUCGAAAUAGAAAAUUUGAAAAUAAGAAUUUUAAAAGGUGCUUCAGCCUUGUAUUGUAUAUAAUAUGAAGACUUAAAAGAAUUUUGUAUGUUUUUAUUACUUUAAUCAUUGUUCUUUUAAAAGAAAAAGCCUGCCAUUUUUAUAUGUUUAUGCUUUUUUUGGGUUGGAAAAGAAAGCCUUGCUUUUAGUGUUUGUACUGCUGCUGGCCAGAACAGCUUGUUUUGAGACAUUGAACAGAGAGAAAGCAGGAUGCACUCCUCCUCUUCUUAUUCUGUCCCGCCUGGCACUGCGUAGCCGAGACCCAGCCACAGCCGCCUCAUCUGGCCUCUGAGCUCAGCAAAGCUUACUUAGAGGUCCUGAGACAUGGCUCCUGCCCUCUCAUCUUUCAUUCCCCCUCCCUUCAUUCACAGCAACAUGUCUCCUUUUUAACUCCCAUUUCAGCAACUCCUCUGUCAGCUUCACUUCUUCUGGCAUGACUAGUUAGCUUGUGAUAGCCUCAUGCAGAAACCAGACCUACGGUGACAUAUAUACAUAUAUUUUUUCUUACUUUGGUCACUUGACUUACUUGAUUAUUUUGUUUAAGACAUGAAGAAACUGGUUCUUGAUGCUUUAUCCUACCAUUGGACCUUCAUUUUACUUUGUAUGACAUUGUAAGAACAUUGGACUCAAACAAUAUGACGGUUUGCAUAAUGUUACGCCUUACAAGAUCAGGCCCUUAUCAGCAGCCACUAGUGGACGUAGUGCCAAAAUUUAAAGGAAAGUUAGCAUUUUGGAUUCUUAAUGUUGAUUAGAGUGGCAAUUGGAUAGCCAAACAUUCAAACCAGAGCAGCCAUCUUCCACUGCUGAAUGCCUUUGGCCCCCAUUCAUCACCUUAAUGCAUUUCAUUGAUAUUUAAAGGACCACCACUAUCCAAAGUUGCCAGCAUGUUCAAAGUAGAAAUCACACAACAGGUUCAAACUGGGCAUUUCUGGGUAUAUAAAAACAAUCUUAAAGGUUUGCUUUACAUUGCAUACCUGUUUACAAAUCUCCAUCUGUCCUCGUCAGCUCUAUUCUGAGAUUCGGCUCUUAGUACACCAACUUUCUACCCUUUUAGCUCAUGUUAUCUCAGCUUUACAGUUAUAUGAGUGAUUAGGGACUUCAAAAACUAAGGGUGUUAAAUUAGGUUGAUGUUUGAAGUGAAAGGGUGAAGAGUUAGUUUAAAAGAUAAAAAAAAUCUCCAAAAACUGAAUUUUGAAAAAGAAAGACUGAAGCACAACUACCCCAUACAUGCAUUAUAUUACUUACAAGUGCCUCAAGAAUUUGGGAGCAUGUGAAUGAGUUGCAGUCCAUACGAUGGACCUUGUACACCUAACAUCAGUGAUCAGGGACUUUACAUUUUACAUUCAAGUGUCUACUGUAUGUCUCACGCCUUUCAAACAUGUGCAAGUCAAGAACUGACACGAAAUUUGUUUUAUCUAAAUGCAUCUCUGAGAAUCAGCUUAAUCAUGAGACCUUUUUUUUUUUAUAAAUAAGGCCUAAGCCGGAGCAGAGGAACAGAGUGUCGUCUGUCAUUUUUUACAGAGCAGAGGAGAGCCAACAGAGCAGCCUAUCAGUAAAUGAGGGAGCAUGCAUGCUGAGGUAAGCUGCCAAUGAGCUGGGGAGGAAGGUGCAGUACGGCAAGCCUCCUACUCAGCCUCCCUGUGUCUCCAACCCACGCACGCCCAUGCAAUAGCCCCAUUACUCAGUGGAGGAUGUCUAGAUGCUGUGAAAUCCUGUUUUUAAAAUGUACUUGUUUGAAUUCAUUGUAAUGUAAUAUAUUCUUUGUUGAAUGUAGUAAUUAGGUAUUUAUGAAUAUAUGGCUGUGAUUUCAGACAAAAAAGAAAAUAAAAUAUUUCAAAAAUGUUAAA